CUCCCUUCGACACUCCUGUCCUCGUGAUGCGCCACCAAUACUUACAAUAAACGAAGCGAUGUUCGCCUUGAAAUCGCUCUCCUCCUACCUUUGGGGCAACUCCGAAAAGCAAAACAUCGCCGAAUUACCCCACGGACAGCUGUUUAUCGUGCGCCCACGAUCGCCAAAGGGCUACAGCGAGCUCAUCUUCACCGACGCUGCCGCCUUCAUCCGCCGCACGAAUCAGGACUAUCAAUAUCAACUCGUCAUCCAACGCGCCUACGAAGAAGGAGAAGCGGAACUACUCGAAGAAGAAGGCGCAGAGGAUAACGCGGGGGACGCUGUUGGUGACAAGGACGAGAAGACUUUUCUUCUGGACGAGGAACUUCACUUGCGCAUUGAGCUGAAAGAAGACGGCGAACUGGUCCUUGCCUGGCGCGAUCUUUCAGGCGACGAAGGCGACUUGCUGGAAUUUGUCUGCGACGCAUCGACUCGUCCUGAGGCUGCGAGCACGUUCGAGUUGAUCGCAACGCAGUGCCAGUUUGAGAGAAAGUAUCGUCGUGGUCACGAAGAGGCGACGGAGGGACAGCUGCGCGAAUUUGUCUUCGAGGACGAGCUAGGAAUACCACUCGCAAGCCCGGUCGCAAGCCCGCAGAACCGCUCACCUGCGAUCUCUCCCAUCGCGCAAUCCCUGAACGAUCUCAGAGAAGAGAGCCCAAUCAUGCCACGUGAAACGAGCAGGAAAGAGGAGGUGAAGGUGGAAAAGACGCCGACCAAGGCACCGACAUACCGCAAGGCACCACAAAGCACAGAGACCUUGGUGGCAGAAGAGGCAGAGCUACAUCUAUUCGACUUCCAGUCAGGCACAUUCAUUCUUCAAGAUGCAAGUGUGCAGGCGAUCGUCACGGAGGUUGGGAACUGGAAGUACUGGUUGCAGAUUGCCGGUGACAAGAAGCAGUGGCUUGGGCAGGAGGUAGUGGACGACAUCAACCCAGUGUUCAACUUUGAAUACCUGAGCUUCAUCUUCAACCACUACACUGAAGAUGGCUCGGCGUACUCAUGGCUGCUCAAGUUUGAGGAUCGCGAAACGAUCGACCGCUUCCAGAACGGAUUGAUGCAGGCACUGUGGGAACACAAGAAUGAAACGAAGUGGGGUAAGUCGACGGACCAGGAGUACGUGCUGAACGCAUUCAACGAUCUCGUGUUGGAGGAUGACAAGGAUGAUGAGCGCGAACGUGAGGCUGCGGAAGAGGAUGAGUACUCAGACGAUGAUUUCGAAGAAGCUCGCGAGCGCACCGCAACACCCGAUUAUGACUCCGAUGAGGAUGAAGAUGAGGUGGUGCACCGUGACGCGGACGGCAACGUCAACAGCCAACUUGCCGUCGGUGCAAGCGUGGACCGAUCGUUCGUUGUUCGCGGUGACAAGAUCGGCGUUUUCAAGCACACUGCAGACAAUGGUCUCGAGUUCAGCACCAGCAUCAACAAGGUCGCCAACCUGAAGGGCAAACAGUUUGCGCCUUCGAAAGUCAUGCUCCACUCGCAAGAUCGCAACAUGGUCCUUCAAAAUCCCAACGACCCCACCAGCGUCUAUCGUAUGGAUCUCGAAGUUGGAAAGGUGGUUGAUGAGUGGAAGGUCCACGACGACAUUCCCAUCAACAUUUUCGCACCCGAGAACAAAUUCGCUCAAACGACCGGCGAGCAGACAUUCCUCGGUCUCUCCAAGAACGCUCUUUACCGUGUCGACCCACGGCUGAGUGGCAACAAACUCGUAGACAGCGAACUCAAGCAGUACGUCAGCAAGAACGACUUCUCCGCCGUGUCGACUACCGAGAAGGGCUUCAUCGCCGUUGCCUCGAACAAAGGUGACAUUCGUCUUUUCGACCGUCUCGGCAUCAAUGCAAAGACCGCUCUUCCCGCUCUCGGCGAUCCUAUCCUUGGACUGGACACUUCCGCCGAUGGUCGCUGGGUGCUAGCCACGUGCAAGACCUACCUCCUCCUCAUCGACGCUCUUCAAUCCGAGGGCAAGAACGCCGGCAAGCUCGGCUUCGAAAAGGCAUUCGCCAAGGACAACAAACCUCAGCCUCGCCGUCUCGCACUUACACCUUCUCACGUCGCACAAUUCCAGCAUGAAACAAAGGUGCCGCUCUCAUUCCAAGUUGCACACUUCAACACCGGACCGGAUCAGGAGGAAACGACCAUCAUUAGUGCCACUGGUCCCUUUGUCGUGACCUGGUCGAUGAAGAAGGUGCUUGCUGGGAGGAAGGAUCCAUAUUCCAUCCGGAGGUAUUCGGAGGAAGUCAAAGCGGACAACUUCAAAUUCGGCAGUGAUCGCAACAUCGUGGUCGCGCUUCCAAAUGAAGUUGAUAUGGUUGCGAGGAGGACGCUGCAGAGACCGACGCGAGACAGUAUCAUGCUGCCGCCGGUCACGCCAGCGAAGAAAGGGAGGGGCAGUUACUUGAGGAACGAGAUCGUCAACUCGCCUUACUAGGAUGGGCGUUCGUGGUUCCGGCUGUCGGGAGGGUGGUCUGGUUUGUGGCGUUGAGGAUACCCCAAGGAUGCUCUAUGGAGCUAUUGAUCAAUUUCGCACUGAGCUCAUGGUGCGAGAGACGAUGGGAAGGAAGCAUGCGGUUGCUACGAGACGCUCCAAAUAGUGGCUAGGACCCCAGUAUGUAGAUCGAAGGGAGAGAAUGAAACGAUAUCGCAAC